UAAUCUUACCUUUGCUUUAUUCACGUCUCGGCAAGUCGCAAAAAUAUUCUGUGGCGGUUGCGGCAGGCUCGCCAAGUGUUUCACCAAACCCAGACCCAAACCGCGAUUACAGCCAGUGAUCAGGAUCGACUUCAUCGUUGCUCGUAGUUUUGCUUCUUUCAAAGCGUUUUCGACGAAAUUUUGUAACAAGUGCGGUUCUCGUGUAAUUCUUACAACGUGUGUCGAAAAACACGAGUGUCAUCGGGGUGACGUCACGUAGACGUGAUAGGCUUCGACUCUCAAGAAUCAUGGCGACGUUAACACUGCUCGCGAGGCUUGUGUCAUUUCGUUUAGCACAUGCUAAAUUGACUGAGUUACCAUGGUCCAGGUGUAGCAAGUUACCGUCUGGUGGAACAGUAAUGGCUUGCUUGUGUACGGAUCAAAAAUUCACGUAUGACUUACUUGUAAUCGGUGGUGGAUCUGGUGGAUUAGCAGCAGCAAAAGAGGCAGUGAAUCUAGGUGCUAACGUUGCAGUUCUUGAUUAUGUGACACCAUCACCACAAGGUACAACAUGGGGUCUGGGUGGUACUUGUGUGAACGUUGGUUGUAUACCAAAGAAAUUGAUGCAUCAGGCUGCAUUACUUGGAGAGGCUGUCCAUGAAGCAACUUUCUAUGGUUGGCAAUUACCAGACCCAAAAACUAUUACAAAUGACUGGGAAUCAUUAAAAACUGCUGUACAGAAUCAUGUAAAAUCUGUAAAUUGGGUAACACGUGUUGAACUUAGAACAAAAAAAGUUGAAUACAUCAAUGCACAAGGAUAUUUUAAGGAUGAGCACACAGUAUGCGGAAAAAUGAAGAAUGGAGAGGAAAAAACAUAUACAGCAAAAAAUAUUUUAAUUGCUGUGGGUGGUAGACCAAGAUACCCCGACAUUCCUGGUGCACUAGAAUAUGGAAUAAGCAGUGACGACAUUUUUAGUUUAAAUAAAGCUCCCGGGAAAACGCUCGUCGUUGGUGCAGGAUAUAUUGGUUUAGAGUGUGCUGGAUUCUUGAAUGGUUUAGGAUAUGAUGCAACAGUAAUGGUUCGUUCCAUCAUUUUAAGAGGGUUUGACCAGCAAAUGGCAAAUCUAGUUGCUGCAGAAAUGGAAAGACGCGGUGUACAUUUCAUUUACCAGGCAAAACCUUCGAAGAUUCAAAAGCAAGAUGAUGGCAGACUUCUUGUACAUUGGGUCGAUAAGGAUGGACAAUCUCAUAAAGAUGUUUACGAUACCGUCCUCUUCGCUAUUGGUCGCAGGCCACUUACCCAAGAAUUGAAACCCGAAAACAUAAACCUCAAACUUGUUGAGGAUUCCGGAAAGAUUGACGCAAUAAAUGAACAGACAAAUGUUCCAAAUAUAUAUGCUGUCGGUGAUGUUCUUCAUAAAAAACCGGAAUUAACACCCGUUGCUAUACAUGCUGGACGAUUGUUGGCAAGAAGAUUAUUUGGAAACUCGACUGAACAAAUGGAUUACGUGAACGUAGCAACAACAGUAUUCAGUCCUCUGGAAUAUGGCUGCGUCGGUCUCAGCGAAGAGACUGCGACUGCAAUUCACGGAGAGGAUAAGAUCGAAAUUUACCAUAUGUAUUACAAACCGACAGAAUUCUUCAUACCACAGAAGGACGUCUCUAACUGUUACCUUAAAGUAGUUGCGCUUAGAGGCGGAGACGAGAGAGUGUUAGGCCUGCACUUUGUUGGUCCUCAUGCAGGCGAAGUUAUACAAGGUUUUUCUGUUGCUAUGAAAUGUAAUUUAACAUUCCCAAAACUGAAAGGAACCGUUGGCAUUCACCCAACAGUCGCGGAAGAAUUUACCCGUAUAAACAUUACCAAACGUUCAGGACUUGACCCCAAGCCGCAGAGCUGUUGUAGUUAAAGCGCACAGAAAAUGUUAGGGCUGUUACUCAGACUACUGGAUAUUUAAGUAUGAUCGUCAGUAAACGUUCUAUGUGCUGAUUAUUUGCCCUGAAUCUACCGGAACGGGCUUCGAACCGAAAAUAUUUUUUUACCGAGGAGUCUUCUGAAUUUGUUACAGUAUUUUGAACAAGAAAUUGUAGAGCAAUUUGCGACGUAUGGCGUCUUAUAACUUAUUAGCUUCCUUCGAAGCAUGUACUAACUAAUCUGCGAUGUUAUACUUAUUGUAAUUUUUAUAAAUACCAUUUUCCCGGUAACAAUAUAUUCAGAUGUAUACAUUUGAAAGCAAAUAAACAAAUUGUUAAAAAUA